UAAGGGCCAGGUAUUCAUUUUAAAGGGCCAGGUACCAGGGACUGGAGGUAGUCGACCAUGUCAGAUAACUUCGAUGAAAAUGAUGCAAACCCUGGAAGCGAUUUCACUAAAUGCAUGCACAAUUACCAAGUUCGGAUUAUAUCUCCCUAUUUAGUUGUAUACUAUAUCUAGUAGAGUGCGUGGAAUGGAAGGUAGUCUUUGAGCAGGAUGGCAACAGCUUCGAAUAUUCCGUCAAUUACUGAAACACUCUUCCGUGCAGUGGAGCAUGCAAAGAUACGAUCCGUCUCCAAUCUAUUGGACAGCGGGGCUGACGUAAACGUCCAUGAUUCUAACCUCCAAACGCCAUUGAUGCGCGCCGUUUACGUCCCUAAAGAAGACAUCAGGCGUCAUAUUAUACGUUUGCUCUUGGAGCACGGUAGUGACGUUAAUAGUGUUGAUGAGCGCAGUCGUACAGCGUUGAUGCUUGCCUCGUUCGAGCCGAACCGUGAAGACGUCGUCCGUUUGUUAAUUCGUACACGUAAAUGUGACCCUAAUGUCAAUGACGUCGGUGGUAAUACGGCGUUGAUGUAUGCGGCAUAUGGCGGCAACGCUUCUGUCAUUCGAAUUCUGGUUCACUCUGCGCAAACCAAACACAUUAUAAAAGCGAACGUAAUGAACUUUAACAAACAAACUGCGCUUGACAUUUCCUUGAAACUUAGACACAACGACUGUGUUAGAGUCCUCGUCAGAGAGGCGAACGUUGACACGUCAAACACUCCACAAGAUGCCCUGAAUGAAAUACUGAACCAAGACCAGUACAUUUCUUCCCAAGUACCAAUGGGACAUAUAAAAUCGUCAUGGGCAACGUUAGAGAAGAUAAGCAUCCAUUCGAAAAGUAGCACCAGUAUCCAAAACCACGUGUCCGACAACGAUACAACAGUAGCCAAAAAUGAUCUGUACAGUGAACCAAACCAACAAAAAGCGAAAAAAACUAAAUCAAAAAGAUCGAGAAAAAAGAUGCGUCAGGAGAUGGAUAGUAAUAUCAAUUGUACUGCAUUUGAAGAUGUAUUUGCGGUAAAUACUAUUCGGGAUACGUUAACCGCUACAUUAUCUCCCAGGGGUCUGACGUCACCGUCAAGACGUACUCAUUUGUAUGGGGAGAAUGCGUCGAACACUCCGAACGGAUUACCACCCGUGAAUAUUCCAUUUACUGUUUCCGAUGAGAAACUCUACCCAGAAUACACCUCUUAUAGAAACAAUCGUCUACUUACAAAUGAAAAUAUCAAUCCGCCUCAAGCAGGAAGUGCUCAUCUCCAACCACUUCACAACGCCCCUAAAUAUGAUGCCGCAUUGGGAAUAGAGUUCAAUACACACAACGCAGCUUCACCGGAACAUCGGAAAAUCAGUAAUAGGGGUGACACAAAUAGUAUGUUUCAGGGUUUAAAGCGAAGUAAACAACUUGCGCCAUUAUCCCCACGAUAUACAUCACGUUAUUCCAAACACAACAGAGACGAGUUAGAGACUGAUAAAGAUGACGUUCUUUUGUUACCAGCAAUUAAUAGUAAAGCUAAAAAUCAAGGUGCUAGUUUGACAGUUGAAUAUAGUGAGGAUGAUGCUAACAGAGCAAAGACUGUAUAAAGCAGCGUCCCAAUUGGAGUAUUAAGGCAGAACAGCAAAUGUUAGGAAAAUAGGUUUAUUUUUAUCUGCACCUGGAAAGAUCGGAGACGUUUCAACUUUAUUUCAAAUGGUUCUCCCAACACGGGGAAAUUGACAUAAUAAGAUGUGUCAGGGAAAUGUCAAGAACUUUGUAUCAGGGUAAAUACUAGUUUUCAAAGUAGUUAAUACUUUGCAGAGUGUCCCAUAAAUGUCUGAAACAAAAAUGGAACCUAAUUGGUAAAGGAAUAAUCUUGAAUAAGGACGUGAUCUAAAUGAUCUCCACCACGAUCGAUGCAAUGUAAAAUGCCAAACAUGGAACAAUAGGUGUUGGUGCUUACAAUAUUAACGUUUCACUGGGUAACCAUAUUGUAUAUUCAGUUUUUUCAUAUAUUGAUAAUUAAAUAAUGUGUCAGAUGACUGAAUUUAACGAAUAGCGGAAUCAAUUGGUGAAUGAUCUUGCGUUUUCAUACUAAAGUUUGUUUUUGAGUUUUUUCUUAUAG